AUGGCGCAAGCAAGCACCGAUCGAUUGGAAGCGCUCGAGGCCGAGCACCAGGCUCUGGGAGAACAAUAUUGUGCAAUGGAGGAGCACCUUGGCGAGUUUUUGGAGAAGAUCGAACAGCUAGAAGAGAAGAUCAAACAACUAGAGGAGAGCAAUGAGGAGCAAGAGGAAACGAUUAAGGAGCAAGAAGAGGAGCUUGAGCAGGAAGACCGCUUACUUGGGCUCUCAAUGCAUAAGAUCCAGCAGCAGAAGGAGAGAAUUUUGUCUCUACAGGCGCAGCUGAAGAGGGAGGAGGCUUACAACUACAGCUUGAUCAAGAAGCAGCUGGAUGGAGAGGAAUUGCACUCCGAUGAGAUGAUUCAAGGUCUCGCUCGGGUCCGGUACCACGAAAUGAUCGAAGAACUCGAGAGCGCCACAUUGCGAGAAGAAGAAGCCAUCGACCAACUGUUCGAGCAAAUCCCAGGAAUCACCCAGGAUGUGAUAUACAGAGAGACCGACUACUACUUGAGUGGCCUCGAACAGAGCACGAAGUACGUCGCUGACCUCAAGGCUGAGAAGGACGCGCUCGCAGUCGAAAACGCCGACCUCAAGACUGCAAAGCACGAGCUCGAAGUCGAAAACGUCGACCUCAAGACUGCAAAGGACGAGCUCGAGACCGAGUUCGCCCGGCUCCAGAUCGCAAAUGCAGAGCAUGAGAAUAGUGCUGCGAGCCCAGUCUUCUCGCCGGACGCCAUGGUUCAGGUGCUCGAUCGUGGUGCAGAAACCACUGGAGGCGCAAAGGUGCAACACUCUGGCCGCAAAAAGCGCAGCGCAAAGCAGGACGGCACAUACAGGGGCUCGGAUCACAUCAAUGUCGGCAUCUACAUCUGGAACGUGGGCUCUGGCAGCUAUGGCAAGGUCAUGGUCAUCCCCGUUGCGACCGCAGCGAUCCCGGAUUUCGACUCCCUCACAAGAGCUGUACGAGCCAUAAUGGCUGCUGCUGGGUUCCUCGGUCUGAACAACGUAUCCACAGCCUGGCUAUGCAACACUUACGGCGAGUGGAGACAGACGAAACCAGCGAGUGGGGUAGACUUGCUGGCGGCUUUGGCGAAGAUUGGUGGUCACGCUGAGGCAAACGAGAGUAGCAACUUUGCGGUGUCUUACCUGCUUUUCCCGGACGGCGCGGGUAAGAAGGCUCAGGUCUACCCAGCUGCCUAG